AUGGCCAGAGAGGCAGGGUGGCAGAGGCAGGCAGCAUGGGCUGGCAAGCUCAGCCGCCCCUUCGCUUCCCUUCCAGGCCUCCUCCUUGUGUCCACGCUUGUCCUUCUGAACGGCCUCAGUCUGGCCAGGAACCUGCCCGUGGCCACACCAGACCUGGGACUAUUCCAGUGCCUUAACCACUCCCAAAACCUGCUGAGAGCCGUCAGCGACACGCUACGCAAGGCCAGACAAACUCUAGAAUUCUACUCGUGCACUUCUGAAGAGAUUGAUCAUGAAGAUAUCACAAAAGAUAAGACCAGCACAGUGAAGGCCUGUUUACCACUGGAGUUAACCAAGAACGAGAGUUGCCUGGCUUCCAGAGAGACCUCUUUAAUAAUUAAUGGGAGUUGCCUGUCUUCUGGAAAGCCCUCCUCUAUGGUGACCCUGUGCCUUAGUAGUAUCUAUGAGGACUUGAAGAUGUACCAGGUGGAGUUCAUGGCCAUGAAUGCAAAGCUUCUGAUGGAUCCUAAGAGGCAGAUCUUUCUAGAUCAAGACAUGCUGGGAGCUAUUGAAGAAUUGAUGCAGGCCUUGAAUUCCCACAGUGAAGCUGUGCCACAAAACCCUUCCCUUGAAGAGCUGGAUUUCUAUAAAACAAAAAUCAAACUCUGCAUUCUUCUGCAUGCUUUCAGAAUUCGGGUGGUGACUAUUGAUAGAAUGAUGAGCUAUCUGAGUUCUUCCUAA